CGCGCGGCCGUGCAGUGGAGCAGCCGCGUCUGGUGAGUGACAGCCGCCUGAUGAUGGGACCCUGAGACCCGGAGCCGCUCCCGACACCGGUCACAUACAGAUUCUGUCGGCACAAGUCUAUUCUAAGGAAAAUUGCUGAGGAUUCUCCGCUCGGAUUGCUGAGGCAUUAACAAUGAAGCACUUCAUGAAGAUGGUGGUUCAGGUGUGGUUGUACUUCUACUGCAUCUGUCUUUGGCGUUGUCUGAAGUUCAUUCUGAGAAAGCUGACCGGAAGGUGUGAGCUGCAGAGAAUCUGCUACAAGAACAAGCCUGGUGCUGGACGGACCUUAAAAUUGGAAUCUUCCUUGAAGUCAUCAAAAAGUAAGCUCCUGCAGUCGGCAGUCGCAGUGCACCCCGAUGCCAUUGAAAAAAACAUAGAAGAUAUCCUGACGCUGAAGAAAGUGAAUGUGGACAGCAACCCGCAGUUGUCAGUGUCUCUUCAAGCUUGUCUUCUCCAGAUUGUGGGCUAUAGGAAUCUAACCGUAGAGGUGGAAAAACUGCGCCGGGAGGCAUACGAUUCAGAUAACCCACAGCAUGAGGAGAUGCUUACUAAGCUGUGGAAAAUGCUGAAACCUGGUGUUCCUCUGGAAGCGCGGGUCUCUAAGCAAUGGUGUGAAAUUGGUUUCCAAGGCGAUGACCCAAAAACAGAUUUUAGAGGAAUGGGUCUCCUGGGACUGUACAACUUGGUAUACUUUGCAGAAAAAGACACUAACUCCGCUCUUCAGAUUCUUUCUGACUCCCUUCAGCCCAAAUGCAGGGAUGUCAGUAAAGAGGACUUCAGUAAAAUCAGCAAAAUGGAAUGGGAAAUGAAAAAGUUUGACAAGGCCAUUGGAUACUCCUUUGCCAUUGUUGGAAUUAAUAUUACUGACCUGGCCUACAACCUGCUGAUAAGUGGGGCUCUCAAGACACAUCUGUACAAUGUGGCCCCAGAAGCUCCGUCCUUGCAUCAUUUCCAGCAAACUUUCUGUUUUCUUAUGCAUGAGUUUCAUAAAUUUUGGAUUGAAGAAGAUCCCUUGGACAUAAUGGAGUUCAAUCGUGUGCGCAACAAGUUUCACAAGCGUAUCUUAAAGCAGCUUCAGAAGACGGACAUGGCUUUGUGUCCCCACUUCGCGGCCUCGGAAAGCUUGGUCAACGUGUAGUCAUCUACAUUGUAGAAUUCCAGAUCACUGCCUCACUGUUGUGUUCAUUAUCAUGGCGGCCGUGCUGUAUGACCACAGCGAUUGUAUGCAUGCUUUUUUUGGUAAAGUACUCAUCUCUGUUUUGAUGAUAACAUAUAAAUCCCUCGGCUUUUAGGUGUCACGGGAUUUGCUCAUUUUAAUGGUUGCGCAUAUUGCGGGUUACGCAGUGUUAUAUUUUCAUCUGACAUUAGAGUUUUCUAUUUUUUUAGAGUGUAUUUUUUUCUCAUAGGUAAACAUUGAGGAGUUGUAUUUAUGUUUGACCAAGCCAGCACUUGUACUGUAAGCAUUUUAUGAUCCCUAAAAUUUCUACUGACCUGUUGCUACGUUUUACAUAACUGAAAUGUCUUAUAUACUGUAUAUACACUGCUUCACCAUUCUACAGCCUAAACAUAAUCUAUAGUUGUGUCGCAAGAAGGUAACAAGUGCUAAUAGGAACAGCUUUAAGGGGCUAAAGUGAAGGAAAUUUGUGUAAGUGCCCCUGUUUGUUCCUCCCCCAAUACUCCCUCAAUUGAGUAUUCUGUAGCUAUAAGGUCCAAAUGAUAAAGACUCCAGUUCUGUAAUUCUAGAUGAUAGAUGGCCAUGGUAAGGUCACAUUGCUCUGUAGUUAUGUAUAGCAGGGCUCUCAAAUUUCUAAGAUAAUGCUCCUUCUUCUGCAUUAGUUCAUGUUGGCACUGUAUACAAAAAGUUGUCUCGAAAAUUCCUUGCCAUAAGGCGGCUUAUUUUUCACCAUUACCUCUACCUUAUGUUCUUCCUUAACUUGCACCAGGUAUUAAAAUUGGUUGUCUGAUUUAGAAAACCUAUUUUCAAAUACCCUACUGAGGAAUUAUGAAUUUUUUGAGAGGUAUUCCCUGUUGAGGACCCUCAUCUAUUUUCUAGAUUAUAGAGUGGCUACAAAGAGUGACUCUCAUUCAAGAGGGUCCACCGCAUACAUGCAUUACACCAACAGCCCACUGCUUUCAGUGGACACCAAGUAAUGCUUAAUUUCACCUGUGGUGGUACUGCAGGAUAAUUGAUCACUUGCUGCUGGGUUCUCCUGCAGUUUACAGUUCAUCGCUGGCGGUCUCAGCGGUAGACUGUAUGUGACCAGUUUAUCUUCAGGGGACCUUAAAUGGACGACCUCUUUAGGCAGACCAUGCAUGUUUUUCUCAUAAUAACCCACCAUACUAAUAAUAAUGAAAGUGAGUAAUUAUCAGACAUGGUGGAAACAAUCCAAGUUGGGCUAAUUUUAUGGGCAUUUUUGAACUCCAAUGACCGGCUCCACUGGAGCCAGAGCUCAUUUAGUCAGUCAUCCAGAGGGGUGAUCUAUGAUGGCCAAAUUAGCAGGAUCUAUGUGCGCUUGGUAGUAUUAGGAAAUGGUUUACUGCUCUUUGUUCUAGAAUCUAGAUAUUCUAAACCAUCAUGGACAUUAUAACUAUAUACCAUAUGUAUUGAGGAACACAAGAAUGUAAACCAAUAAGGAAAAGUUUCAUAGUCUCAAAAGUCAGGACCAUCCAAAUAUCUGUAAGAUGUAUAAUUUUGGUAUAAUGUAAUAAUUUUCAUUAAUUGUAUCACUGAUUCCAUCUUACGUCUGAAAAAAAUUAUAUUUAGGUGCUUACUGGCCUUAUGGCUUGUAUAAUACUUUAAAAAAAAAAGUGAAUCUUUUUAUUGGCUUCCACAUACUGGUGGUGCACUUCUCCCAAAGAAACCAUCGGGUUAGACAGAGCAAGGAUAAGGUGAAGUAGGCAUCCAUUUUUGGUACCAUUGAGAAAGCUGGUGUUGAGCUGGUAAAGGAGCUGUAGGAACCACCAGACCUUGCCUACAGAUAUGAUGUACGUUGGCCAGUUUGACCCUGCACAAGUAUGGAGGUAACAGAGUAGUAUUACAUGAGGAAAGUCAAGGACUGAGGCUUGGAGGUCACAUUCUGAACCCCUCUACUUGGGGCACCAAGAAAGCUUGUGCUGCUUCUGAUGUCCGACAGGAAAAAUUCAACCCAUCCAACCUUUGUUUCAUUGAUGGCAGCCCUCAGGCAACAGUUUGUUAGUCCCCAUAGACUUUACUUAUGAUGUAAGUUAGAUAGCUGUCACCUGAAAACUUGUUCAAAGUCUCUCCUGAAUCCCUCAUACACAAUCUUGGCAGAAAGCCACUGCCUGAGAACAAAAGGAUCAAGCAUGUUGAACUACAACGACCUAGUCCUUCUCUCUUCGCAAGCAUAUAUUAACCCCAUCAGUAAUUUAACCAGAAAAUUUCCUUACCAAGGUGACAUCAAUUACCUUAGAGCAGUUUCCACCUUCUAAUAUACGGUAUUUUUGCCCAGAAAAGUUCUCAGAGUAUAUCACAGUAUAUUAUAUCUACGAUCUCUUCUUAACACUAGAUAAAUAAAUCUAUUUUGUCAGGAUACAAACUCUUUGGGAGUAAAUUUUGAUGUAAAGCAUUAUAUUUUACAAACUUUUUAACAAUUAUUGAACACUUUGUAUAUUUGUCUAUUUUAGAGACAUUUCUCAAAUUUUAGAAAGAUGAGGAAUAAUCUCUUUACAACAGUGUUAAUUGAGUUAAUUAGAUGCGCAAUAGAGGGAGCAGACAUUCAAAGUGUCCCUGUACUUUUGAUACAUCUUGGUGACAUAUCAAAGUUUUUUUGAUCAUUGGGGAUCCAAGCCCUGAAAUCCCACCAGUCGCUGGAAGGAGGAAAGAGAAGUACUCACACUGAGAGCUGGAGAGCACACUGCUGGAAACGGACUGGAGACCGACUCAUAUUGAGCUUGUCUUCAGCAGUUAGGAGAUACAGUGGUCUGUGUGAGCAAUCAGUGGGGGUGUCAUGGCCAGGACCACUACCGAUCAAAUCCUUUCUUAUGUCACUAGGACAUAUCAAAAGUUAGUUAGUUUUUUAAAGUACAAGUCCUCUUUAAAUUACAUUUGGAACCCUGUACCUUGGGAACUCAGACGCUCCUCUCACAAUUUUACUAGAUGAAGCUGUUUCCCUAUAUGGAUACUAUACAGCUGUACAUGCAGGGAGAUCCACAACAGCUGAAAAGCAACCAGUUGAAGACCGCUGCUGGAUAGUGUGCCAUUAUAAGGUGGAGUAUGUAUCAGUAGCAAUAAGUCUGGACUUUUUGUAUUUUCUCUUGAGGAUGAUUCACUAGUCUUCAGACUGGCUUUCUCAAUUACAGUGACUUGUACAAGAAAUCCCCUGCAUUAAAUACUGGUGACUCAUGCUUCAGUCAGCAUAAUCUGUCAACAGAUAACUGAUUAUGCUAACUGAAGCAUGAGUCACCAGUAGCUUUGCACCAGGAGUUGUCCCUCUGGGUUGCAUAUCGUAGAGAGAUGCAUUUAGUGAUGAAAUAUUAUAUCACAUUGAUUUAUUUAUAUAGUGCAUAAUACAGACUUAGAGCCUUACGAAUCAAAAUAAGUAGCCUUGUGACCCGUUAUCAACCAGCUCAACAUUCACUUUUUAGAAACUAGGAAAAAGGAGCUAAGGAAUUUCUUUGCUGUGGAAAACACAACAAUUUUUUCGAGAUUGCCAGGGCAUUUUGGGAGUUGUAGUUUUGAAACAGCUGGAGAGUCACAGGCCUUCUGCACACAACCGUACCUAUUUUUGUGGUCUGCAAAAUGCGGAUAACGACCGUGGGCAUCCUGCAUUUUCGAUUCCACAGUAUGUUUCAAAUGCCUAUUUUUGUGCGCAAAUUUGGAGAAGAAUAGGACACGUUAGAUUUUUUUAAAAAAAUUGCAGGACCACGGAACGGUGCUGUCCGCAUCUUUUGUGAAAAGAAUGGACCAAAACUAUGGUAUUGUGCAUGAGGCCUUAUACAGGAUGAAUGAAAAGUUCCUGGCAUGAAAAGAUUUCUUUAGAAACAGAUAUUUCAUAAAGGAAAACUCUGAGCAAAAGUGAUAUGUUGUGUAAUGCGGGGGUGACUAGAAACAAAAUGUGCCCAGCAUCAUUUCCCUUGGGGCUCUUUCUGUAGUGAAGUAUAAAUGUAAAAAAUAGGUGAUUUUGCUUUUUUAUCCUCCCCAAAAGGGGCACAUAACCAGAGAAUGGUACAGCAUGGAUCAAAGACAAAAGGCCAUCGGGAGCAAAUCUACAAGGAAGCAUUUUCUAUAAUGUUACCCAUUGACACCCAUUCAUCCCAGUGUAACAAUGUGGCAGUGGCUGACUUGUACAGGUUUUUCCCAUGAUAUAAAGAACCAGUUUCUGUUCUGCUCAUAUUCAUGCUUUUUUAUUGAAUGUUGCAUCAUUUCUGAAUAUGGUGUCACUCGACCGUGUGAUCUCAUUUACCAGAAUUCAUUUUUGUUUUGGAUUUCAGGCUUCUAACUGUGAU